AUGGAUUCAAAGAAGGAGAUCCUGCAUGUUGGGGAGCUAAGAAUGGGAGAGCACCAUGAAACUAAACUGGCUAGGCACCCCCGGCGGAGUGCCAACCUGAAGUGGGACUCCAGCAGUCAACUGGUGGAGCUACUGCAGCUCUCGGUCUCUCAGUGCUACAGGUGGCCACAGAGUUUUAAAGUGAUUGAAUCAGCAAGGGACUCAUCUGACUUUGGAGAGGUCUCUGACUUGAAUCACAAUGUGUGGAUCCUGCAAGAUGAAAAUAUUGUGUCAGUUCCCCGGAAGGAAAGUGUGACUCCCGUCACUGUAACUUUCCUCCCCUGCAAUUACCUGGUAUCUCCUGAGAAAAGCACAAGGUUUCCCAUUUAUUUGGGAAUUAAGAAUCCAGAGAAGUGUCUAUCUUGUGAGGACAUUGAAGGGAAACCCACACUGCACCUGAAGGAUGAGAAGAUCUUAGACCUGUACAAUAAACCCGGACCUGUGAUGAACUUCCUCUUCUACCGAGACCAGGAUGGCAGGACCUGCACCUUUGAGUCAGUGGCCUUCCCUGGCUGGUUCAUCGCCUCCUCUGAUAAGGGCAAGCCCCUCUUCCUCACUUCCAACCCAGGGGGAACAGACAAUACUGCUUUUAUAUACCAUAGUUACAGUUAG